AUGCAAAGCGAAAGUAACUGUGAAUUGGAUAAUGGUAGUGCCGGGAAAAAAGCUCUACGAACACCGAAAUGUGCAAGGUGCCGCAAUCAUGGGGUCAUUUCGUGUCUGAAGGGACACAAACGCUUGUGCCGAUGGCGUGACUGCCGCUGUCCAGGUUGUUUGUUAGUGCUGGAGAGACAAAGAGUCAUGGCUGCUCAGGUAGCGCUUCGUCGUCAGCAGGGUGCGGGAACAACGCGAGGUGGUGAGGCCGCAGCAUUAGCUGCUCGCAAGAGAGCGUACCGGGCUCGUUUACGUUGUAUGCAGAUGUCCCGAGCUUAUCCUGUACCGCCACCAACUUAUGGUAAUAUCAGACUUCUCAGCAGCGAUCCAGCAUGGACUGAACGCGUACGGAGGCGGAAGGCUUUCGCUGACGCAGAGCUGGAGAAGGAGGUUCCGCAAUCCCUUCCCGGAGUCGGCCCCGCGCUGGCCACUCCACCGGCGGCGAUGCUCUGCACACAUUUACUCGCCGCCCUGCUCACUAACUAUGCACCCUUACCUCCGCCGCCACCACGACCGAAAAUAUCAUUUUCUAUUGAAUCUAUUAUUGGAGUGCAAUAA